CGGGUGCGUGUGCGCGCAGGCGGAGGAUCGCCGAGCCGAGCCGUUCCGUGCAGCAGGCACAAGCCGCUGGGCGCGCAGGAGGAGCCGCAAAAAAAUCCAGCAGCCGCUACUUGAACCUGCGAGGAAAGAGCAGAGGGAGCGUCGGGACAAGAGCGUACACGAGGCCAGAGAUCCAAAAUGGGAGGCAAGAUGAGCAAAAAGAAGAAGGGAUACAACGUAAACGAUGACAAGUCCAAAGACAAGGAUGCCAAAGCAGAGGGGGCCUCUGCCGAGGAGAGCGAAGCGCCGAAGGACAACAAGGACGAGGCCCCGGCCGCCGGCGACGCCAAGGAGGUAGCGAAUGACACGGCAGCCAAGGAGGCGCCGGCGGCAGACGCUGCAGCUCCCAAGGAGGAGGAAAAGAACGCAGCCCCCGACGCGAAGGAGUCCGAGAAGCCCGCCGCCAACGCCGAGCCGAAAACAGAGGCGCCGAAGAGUGCGGAGCCCGCCAAGGCCGAGGAGAAACCAGCUGCACCCGCCCCGGCCAAAGAAUCCGCCCCCGCCGCCAAGGAGCCCGAGGCGAAGGCCGCGGCUCCUGCCCCAGCAGCCGAGGUCAAAGACGAGGCCGACGCCAAAAAGACUGAGGCCCCCGCGGCACCAGCAGCCAAAGCCGAGGCGGCCCCCGCUGCCUCCCCCGACCCCAAGCCCACAGAGGCGGCAGCUCCCGCGGCGCCGAAGGAGGCCGCCGCCCCCGCGCCUAGUUCAACACCAGCUGCUGAACCUCCCCCCAAGGAGGCCAACGCCACAGAGGCACCAAGCAAGGAUCAAACCGUAGCAGUUCAAGAUUAAUGGACAGCUUCUUUUCGGAAAUGAAGAAAUAAAUUACCUAACUCAACAACAAUGAAGAUAAAAAAAAAAAUGAAAAUGAAAUUUACUAGCCCACCCAUAUUAUGAUAAUAACAAUAAUAAUAAUAAUUGUAAUGAGGAUUUAUUGAAUGAGGAGGACUGGAGCAACCACCUGGAGAAGUUCCCCACCGCUGCCGAUGAUUAUUGCUAUUAUUAUUGUUAUGUUUUAUUCUAUUUUUUUCUGCUGUAGUAUUUGAACUUUGAUACGAGUCUGUGUCGGCCGUACGCCUCCACCAUCCCGCCGCCAUCCCACCGCCAUCCCGCCGCCAUCCCGCCGCCAUCCCGCCGCCAUCCUCCCUCUCACUCACGCGGCCCUGAGGUUUAACCCCAUUCCCAUUUUCAGCCCAUAGACACCUGCGUUCAUACGUUCACCUGCACCCUCCGCUCUGUGGACAUUAGGUUUUCUUUGGGGAGGGGGGUCAGUGGUUCUGAUGGAAGGAGGGGGAAAGGUUGAGAAAGUAAAACUUCACCAGCUGGACUUCUAUCGAAUCUGUCCACUCUUCAGCUCUCCUCCUCCUCCUCCUCCUCCAGAGUGUUGUGUUCUUGGCUCUGACCUGGUAUCUCCAGGUAUCUCCAGUUCUUUUUUUUUUUUUCAGUGGUGUGGAGUUGUGGUUGUUUUGGGUUGUUUUUUGUUUGUUUUUUUUGGUGUGUGUGUUUUCAUUUCUUUUUCAUUAUUUUAAUUCAUCUUGUUGGGUUGUGUUGUCGCCGCCCAUCGUCCCCUCCGAACGCCGCUCUAAUCUCAGAGACGAAGGGAUGAGAACAUUCAGGCUUUCUUAGACGUUGGGGGGGUUGAACAAGGCCGGCUUUGCAGAGAAAAACACAUUCUUUGAAGUAUUAAUACAGCUGUAGGAACUUUUCAGAUAAACUUCUACAUUUUGUACUGAAACCCUUUAGAUAUAUUCUGAGUAAGUGGGGUUUUUUAACAUUUGUAAUUCUUAUAAAAUCUGCAAAGCCUCGCCGAGGCACCUUCACAAUGUUCUAAGAACGUCAAUGAAAAAUCUCUUGAUCCUCCAUCUACAUCCGGGGACUAACAGCAGGAUGAGACUUUUAAAAAGGACCUAUCUGUUGCUGCUGCUGACCUGCGUCUCUAAAGAGAUCGUCUGAACUCGCUGAUGAUACCAACAAGGUGACAUUUGUAAAGCAACUCAAACACCCAACGUUUCUUUACGUACAAGAAGAACUUACGCUUGCUGCUAAGUAACAGACCUCCUUUGUAGUGAAGCGUCAGCAGCUAAACGUCAUUAAUAUGUUGUAAAAGAUGGAUGAAUUGUGCAACACUCAAUUCUUAUCAGGAUAUGAGUCUAAAACCACUUUAACUAAUGGAGAGUAAAAACCGUUUUCCCAACGAUUUGAUCGGUGCUGCAGAUCUUUGCAUAAAUCCAGACCAGCUUUCCGCUGCCAAACAUUAUGGAAGUUUGUCUGGCUUCCAGUCUAGAACUGAGCCGCAGCAUCGCACUAUUUCAAACUCAAUGUAUUUACACCAUUAAAGCCCUAAAGAUGAGCGAAUGCCACCGGUUUGGUAUCUGAUGCUGACGUCGCCCUCGUCUCAGAUCCGUGCAGCUCUUCGUCAUCAGCAGUCUGAUGGAUGGGGACGGAUGGGGACGGAUGGGGGCGGAUGGGGAUGGGGUCGGGAGCUAGAACGUACUGGAGGUCCACGUUUCUAUGGCAAUCACAGGCCACGCCGUCGUUAUGGGAUGGAGAAGCCUCGCACGUGGAAGGGAGCUUCUGGUUCAGUCAUCGCGCUUUUUCCUUUACUCGCUCAGAAACGCAUAUAUACAUAUAUAAAUAUUACGUAUGUGUAGAGGUAUGCAGUGGUGGAAGAAAGAAAAUGUUAACAUCUGAUUCAAAUAAAAGACAAAAGAGAGAAAGACAGAAAGAAUCCUGGGUUUACUUGUUAAUAGCAGAGAUGAAACGUUGUGUGUUCUCGUUUGAAAGACCGGACAGUUUAACCUUAAAUCUGAAAUUAUAAAACGUACUGGACUGAACGCUUCCAGCUACCAGCAUCCCCAGGACUGUGCUCAACCCCCAGGGCUCAUUUAACUGAACAUUUGUCUUUCCACCUUUGCAUAUAUUUACUUAUAUGUGUCUGCAUAUAUAUAUGUGUAUAUUUAGUCACCACUGCCGUCCACCUGCCAUCGUUUCAGCUGCAUCCGCCCGACACACAGCGUUUUCCUCCAGCACUCGUCAAAACCGUAGCAGAAACAAACAGUCGAGGAGCGUCGUGUGUCACUCGGUUCCGUUUCUCUUCCUCUAUUGACUCCGUAAAUUGCAUGUCCGUGGUUGGGUGAACCUGUAGUCCUGUCUUUUUUUGGUCAAGUGGAAAAAAAAAUAAUUAAAAAUAUAUAAGAUGAAAUAAAUAAUGAUGAUUUUCUCAGUCUGCAUCCAUGGCAACUACAGUUGAUAUUUUCACCCCAUUUCUCACCACUGCUAUCUCCACGCCGUUCAUCCAAACGAACAAAACUACAAAAAAAAGAUGAAAUAUGGAAAUUGAUGCAUUCAAAAUUAUAUGUACUUGUAUAAAUGGUGCAACCGUAAUAAAAUGUAAGAAAUUGACUUGA